GUCCAUUUUACAAAUCAAUCAAGAACAAGAAGCCGUCUUUCGACAUUUCUCGUCGAAGUUUUCUUCUCCGGUCAUCGACGUCGGCCUCGAAGACAGGGCAGCUUCAUCGUCGUUGAACAUACUUCUUUUACACUUUCGUCAAUCGUCGGAGGCUUUGCCACUGAUUCCUGUUCAAAGCAAAGAGGGGCAGGAUAUGCAGAAUUUGGGUGAAUUUAGGCUGCCCCACUUCUUCAAUUACCCUCCAUAUUUCACUUUGCAGCCAGUGAGAGACACUAGAGAAAAACAGGUACAACUCUGGAAGGAGUUGAUACUUGAUUAUUGUCGGACCCAAAAAGUUUUUACCAUUGGACUUGAUGAAGACUUCCCGUUGUUUAGCAAUCCGGUGAUUGAAAGAUCUCUAAGUCACGAAGCUAGAGAGGCAUUCCUGUCGGCAUUGGUUUCAGAAGGACGGGCCGAAUGGCUGGAUAAGAGCCACAGGAAGUGUCUGAUCCAUUGGCAUCGGAUACAAGAAUGGGCAGAACUGAUUAUUAAAUUUGUUAAGGACUAUGGUCUUGAGGACAGUAUUAUGACCGUUGAGGAGAUACGCUCGGGUGUUGAGUCUCAAGGAACAGAGCUUCACGGGAUGGAUCGAACGGUGCUGAUGCGGGCAUUGAAACAGCUUGAACACAAGGGGAAGCUUGCAAUCUUCAAAGGAACUUCUGCUGAUGAUGAAGGCAUCAAAUUUAAUUUGUAGAUAUGCUGCUCUCUGUUUUCGUGUCUGCUGAUUUUUGGUCUCUCUUUGCCUAUUAUUUGCUGCAUUCUUCUACCCCUUUACCGUUGGAUUUCGAAGUAGUAUAAAAUAUAUUGCCAUGGCUAUUUGUGUUA